GUACCAAACCAGGAAGUCCGUCGCAAACAGCGCGUUUUGUGUACAUGCUUUUCUUUCGCCACCAAAAGAGCUCAUGCUGGAAUAAAAUCAUUAUAAAUAAAGUGACCUGUGCGUCUGUUCAAGAUGUCCACCUCCACAGAAAAGAAUGAAACUCCAGCGAAGAAGGCUGCAGCUCCGUCUGUGGCUCAGAUCAACGCUGAAUAUGUCACACAGUUGGCUAAUAAAUACUGGGCUCCCAAGGCCCAGAACAAACUGCCCUUUGACAAAAAAGUGGUGAAAGAUAUUUAUGAUCAGGAGAUUCUGCAGUCUAAAUUUGCAAUCAGGAAAAUCAUGUUACUGGAGUUUAGUCAGUACCUGGAGAACUACCUGUGGGUGAACUUCUCUCCUGAGGUGUCCAGUAACGCCUACAUCAUGUCCAUCUGCUGCAUCGUCAAUGAGAAGUUCAGAGAGAAUGUGCCUGCGUGGGAGGUGUUUAAGAAGCAGCCGGAGCACUUCCCGUGGUUCUUCCGCUGUGUGAUGGAGGCCGUGCUGCAGGGAGAGAGAGCCGGGCUAAUGCUGAAAGAACACACCGUACUACUGCUCUUCCUCGACCACUGCUUCAACAGCCUGGAGGUGGACCUGAUCAGGGAGCAGGUGCAGCAGCUCAUCUCUCUGCCCAUGUGGAUGUGUCUGCUACCAGCCAGACUGCAGCACGAGCUCAAGAAGGUCCCCAAGCUGCAGAAGUUCUGGAAUCUUAUCAAGAAGAAACUGGACAAGAUGGAUGCCGACGCCGCAGAGCAGUCUAAAAAGGAGAGGACUUUUCUGUCAGCGCUCAUCAAACAGUUCAUUCAAGUGUUGAUGUCCAUUCCAGCUACAGGGCCAGUGUCCAUGGACCAAGUGCACUACUGUGAGCGAUUCAUUGAGCUACUGAUUGAUUUGGAGGCGCUGCUCCCCACCCGCCGCUGGUUCAACACGGUGCUAGACGACUCCCACCUGGUGGUGCACUGUCACCUUUCCGGGCUCACCCAGCGGGAAAAGGAGGGACACCUCUUCUGUCAGCUGCUGGACAUGCUCAAGUUCUACGCUGGGUUUGAGAUCAACGACCAGACAGGCAACGCUCUGACCCAGAAAGAGAUGACCACGCUGCACUACGACAGGAUCAUCUCACUACAGAGGGCAGCCUUCGCCCACUUCCCCGAGCUCCUGGACUUUGCUCUGUCUAACGUGGCGGCAGUAGACACCAGAGAUUCCUUAAAGAAGCACUUCGGACAUCUCAGUCCAAACAAGCUCCACCAGGUGGCGUCGUACCUGUGCCUUUUACCAGAGCUGGCCGAAGGACAGGACACCAGCUAUGACAAGGACUUCCUCCUGGAGCUGCUGGUGUCUCGUCAUGAACGCAGGAUCUCUCAGAUAGAGCAGCUCAACCUCAUGCCUCUGUACCCCACGGAAAAGAUCAUCUGGGACCAAAACAUUGUGCCCACAGAAUACUACUCAGGAGAGGGGUGCCUGGCUUUACCCAAGCUGAAUCUGCAGUUCCUGACCCUCCAUGACUACCUGCUGAGGAACUUCAACCUUUUUCGCCUGGAGUCCACCUACGAGAUCAGACAGGACAUAGAGGAUGUGGUGUGGCGCAUGAAACCAUGGGAAUCCGAAUAUGGUGGUGUGGUGUUUGGGGGCUGGGCGCGCAUGGCACAGAUCAUCACGGCGUUCUCCAUCGUAGAAGUGGCCAAACCAAACAUCGGAGAGAGCUGGCCCGCCCGAGUGCGCGCCGAUGUCACCGUCAACCUCAACGUGCAGGACCACAUCAAGAACGAGUGGGAAGGCCUUAGAAAGCAUGACGUGUGCUUCCUGAUCACGGUGCGCCCCUCUCUCCCGUAUGGCACAAGAUUUGACCGUCGACAGCCCUUCCUGGAGCAGACCGGCCUGGUGUACGUGAGGGGCUGUGAGGUGCAGGGCAUGCUGGACGAUAAGGGGCGUGUCAUAGAGGAAGGUCCUGAACCCAGACCUAAGCUUCAUGGAGACACCAGAACAUUCCGCGUGUGGCUGGACCCAAACCAGUACCAGCAGGACAUGACCAACAACAUCCAGAGUGGAACUGAGGAUCCCUAUGAAACCUUCAACAUCCUCAUGAGACGCAAGCCCAAAGAGAACAACUUCAAGGCUGUGCUGGAGACCAUCAGACACCUCAUGAACACCGAGUGCGUGGUCCCAGACUGGCUCCAUGACAUCAUCCUGGGCUAUGGAGACCCAGGCAGUGCGCACUACUCCAAGAUGCCCAACCAGAUCUCCACCCUGGACUUCAACGACACCUUCCUCUCCCUAGACCACCUGCGCUCCAGCUUCCCCGGGUACACCAUCCAAGUCAAGGAGGAGAACUCAGCCCUGCAAGUGCCCCCCUUCAGAAUCAAGUUUCCCAUCUCGGAGCAGUCGGACAAGGGGAAGAAGAGGAAGGCUGGAGAAGAGGAGGAGAGGAAACAAGAAGGAAAGACUCUAAUAGUUGAACCGUACGUCGCUCCCAACAGAGGGCCAUAUCCCUAUAACCAGCCCAAGAGGAAUACAAUCCAGUUCACCCCCACACAGAUAGAAGCCAUUCGAGCCGGGAUGCAGCCAGGACUCACAAUGGUGGUUGGGCCUCCUGGGACUGGAAAGACUGAUGUGGCUGUCCAAAUCAUCUCAAAUAUUUACCACAACUUCCCUGAGCAGAGGACUCUCAUAGUGACACAUUCAAAUCAGGCUCUGAACCAGCUGUUUGAGAAGAUCAUGGCUCUGGACAUCGACGAGCGCCACCUCCUUCGUCUGGGCCACGGAGAGGAGGAGCUGGAGACCGAGAAGGACUUCAGCAGAUACGGGAGGGUGAACUACGUGUUAGCCCGCCGACUGGAGCUCCUGGGGGAGGUGGGUCGUCUGCAGGAGAGUCUGGAUGUCCCCGGAGACGUGUCCUACACCUGUGAGACUGCCGGGCACUUCUACCUCUAUCAGGUGAUCUCUCGCUGGGAGCAGUACCUGAGCAAGGUGAAGCCAAAACAGAGUAAAGCAGUGGAGGUGCAGGCCGUGGCGCAACACUUCCCCUUCCACAAGUUCUUCUCCAACGCCCCCCAGCCUGUGUUCAAAGGUCGCUCGUAUGAGGAGGACAUGGACAUCGCAGAGGGCUGCUACCGCCACAUCAAGAAAAUCUUCACUCAGCUUGAGGAGUUCAGGGCCUUUGAGCUGCUCAGAAGUGGACUGGACCGGUCCAAGUAUCUUCUGGUGAAGGAAGCUAAGAUCAUCGCUAUGACAUGUACUCACGCAGCCCUCAAACGCCACGACCUGGUGGAGCUGGGCUUUAAGUAUGACAACAUCCUGAUGGAGGAAGCAGCCCAGAUUUUGGAAAUUGAGACGUUCAUCCCUCUACUGUUACAGAACCCAGAGGAUGGCUACAGCAGACUAAAGCGCUGGAUCAUGAUCGGGGACCACCACCAGCUCCCCCCCGUCAUCAAGAACAUGGCCUUCCAGAAGUACUCCAACAUGGAGCAGUCCCUGUUCACCCGCUUCGUCCGACUCGGGGUGCCCACGGUGGACCUGGACGCGCAGGGACGAGCACGCGCCAGCCUGUGUAACCUGUAUAACUGGCGCUACAAACAGCUGGGCAACUUGCCGCAUGUGCAGCAGCUGCCUGAGUUCCAGGUGCCCAACCCCGGCCUGACCUUUGAUUUCCAGCUCAUCAAUGUAGAGGACUUCAACGGAGUGGGCGAGUCUGAGCCCAACCCCUACUUUUACCAGAACCUUGCCGAGGCAGAGUACUCUGUGGCCCUCUACAUGUACAUGCGUCUUCUGGGCUACCCCGCAGAGCGCAUCAGCAUCCUGACCACGUACAAUGGACAGAAGCACUUGAUCCGAGAUGUUAUCAACCAGCGCUGUGGCAACAACCCCUACUUCGGACAACCCAGCAAGGUGACCACAGUGGACAGGUUCCAGGGUCAGCAGAAUGACUACAUCAUCCUGUCUCUGGUACGCACCAAAGCCGUGGGUCAUCUGAGAGAUGUGCGGCGGUUGGUGGUUGCCAUGUCCAGAGCCAGGCUGGGGCUGUACAUCUUCGCUCGAGUGUCUUUGUUCCAGAACUGCUUUGAGUUGACCCCAGUGUUUAACCAGCUGACCGCUCGCCCUCUGGAGCUCCACAUACGCCCCAAUGAGUACUACAGCCAGGAGCAACCGAGGGAUGCGUUUGCGCAGCCAGACCGAGUGGUGAAGAACAUGCCGGAGAUGGCCAACCUGGUCUACAACAUGUACAUGCACAUGAUCCAGAGCAGCCAGAAGAACAGACAGCAACAGCAGCAGUUAGCCCAACCACCGAAGCAGAGCCAGCCCCCCAAAGACGAGAAGAAAACACCUGAGCCGACACAGGAGAAGCAGGGGGACAGAGAGGAACAAACGCCCAUGGACCAGGACACAUCAGAGGGGACGCACCCGGACACGGCCCCCAGCGAGACGGAGGACAAGAUGGACACCACAGAGCAAGCCACCACCAUGCCAGAACACCCGGGCAGGGACAGCGACAGCGACAGUGAAGAAGAGAAGGAGGAGGAAGAGGGCGGAGGGCAGUAGGACAGCUCGGAGCGGCCAUUUUGUUUAGAACUUUUAAAUGUACUUUGUGAUCCCUUAUUUUCUACCAAAUAAUAAAAUAAAUAGUGUUUUUUUCUAUCACUCAUCUGUAAUGGUGUCUACUUUUUUAGUAAAAUAAAAAAUGUGUAAAUCCAGUGCUGU